AUGAAUCUGUAACCUUAACUUCACUACUCAUUACUACAUUUCUACUGUUUCUAAUAACCUUAUCCAAUGCCAAUGCUACCAACAACACUUUCACCAUUGAGGAAGCAACCAUUCAAGAUAUACAGCUCGCAUUCUCCGAGAAUAGGCUCACUUCAAAGCAGCUCAUUGACUUCUACCUCCACCGGAUCCAACUACUUAAUCCUCUCCUCCGAGCUGUGGUUGAAGUGAAUCCAGAUUCUAGGCAUCAAGCGGAGGCUGUGAUCGAGAAAGGGAAGAUAAUCAUCGAUGUGACGGAGGUGGUGGUAAAUAUCUGGGAGAUUUGCAUGGGAUUCCUGUGCUAUUGAAGGAAAGCAUAGCCACAAAGGAUAAGAUGAACACGACAGUAGGAUCUUAUGCAUUGUUGGGAUCUCUGGCCCCUCGUGAUGCAGGAGUUGUCGAGAAGCUGAGAAGGGCAGGAGCUAUUAUCAUCGGGAAAUCGAGUGUCAGUGAAUGGUAUAGCUUGCGGUCUUUUAGUAUCCCAGAUGGAUGGUCUGCCAGAGCUGGCCAGGGCUUGAAUCCUUACGUUUAUUCUGCAAAGACAUGUGGAUCGAGCAGUGGAUCAUCCAUAGCAGUAGCAGCAAAUAUGGUGGCAGUAUCACUGGGAACUGAAACAGAUGGUUCAAUCAUCUGCCCUGCUGACUACAACUCAGUUGUAGGUCUCAAGCCCACAGUUGGACUAACCAGCCGAGCUGGUGUUAUCCCCAUUUCACCUCGGAUGGAUACAGUUGGGCCGAUAACCAGGACAGUAUCUGAUGCUGUAUAUGUUCUUGAUGCAAUUGUUGGCUACGAUAAAAGAGACAGGGAAGCAACAAAACGCGGGAACAAGUUCAUACCCGAGGGUGGUUAUAAACAGUUCCUUAACAAAGAUGGACUUCAAGGAAAGAGGUUAGGUAUUGUGAGAAAUCCAUUGUUAUUCAACAACAAUAUUAAUACUACAAUUCCUGCUUUUGAAAAGCAUCUGAAUACACUAAAGCAAAAGGGAGCAAUACUAGUGGAUGAUGACCUUAAAAUAGCCAACAUAGAUAUCAUUUUGAAUCCCUUUGAGAGUGGGGAAUCAGUAGCAAUGCUUGCUGAAUUUAAGUUAUCCAUAAAUGUCUACUUGAAAGAUCUCAUAUCUUCUCCAGUUCGUUCAUUAGCUGAUAUCAUUGCCUUCAACAUCAACAAUGCUGAACUGGAGCAUAUAGGGGAGUAUGGUUAUGGGCAGGAGAUAUUAGAAGCUGCAGAAGUGACAAAUGGGAUAGGUAAGGAAGAGAAGGAGAAAAUAGAGAUGAUGGAAAAACUAUCUAAAGAUGGGUUAGAGAAAUUGAUGAAGAUGAAUGAAUUGGACACAAUUGUGACAAUAGGGUCCAAUGCUUCUCGGGUUUUCGCGAUUGGUGGGUACCCAGGGAUUACAGUUCCGGCUGGGUAUGAUGUGGAUGGGAUGCCGUUUGGUAUAUGUUUUGGUGGGUUGAAAGGAACAGAGGCUAAGCUCAUUGAGAUUGCUUUUGGUUUUGAACAGGCUACAAUGGUUAGGAAGAAACCCACAUUGCCACCCCCUUCUUCUUACACCACUACUACUUGUACAUUUCAUGAUAAAAAAUAAUAAAUAGGAUGAUUGGAUAAUAAAAAAUAUGUUUGAAUAAUCGAGACA